GGAAUACCUGGACCGUGCGCGGUCCGCCAGCUCCGCCUGGCUAAUGCGAAGGCCGGACGGUUCGCAGUCACAGCCAAUAUUCAGCGAAGGGAGGUUGCGUCCCUCAGAUCUCGCGAGACUCGGAGAUCCCCGCCGGGAUCCUGGAGCCGGGAGCCGGGAGCCGGGAAGGCGACCGUUCGAGCCCCUUUCUGCUGGACGAGGCAUGAUGGCGGCCCAGGCGCUGGCGCUGCUGAGGGAUGUGUCGCGGCUGGAAGCGCCGCUGGAGGAGCUGCGCGCGCUUCAGUCGGUGCUGCAGGCGGUGCCGCUCAGCGAGCUCCGCGAACACGCGGCGGAACUGCGCCUGAAUCCGCUUUUCUCCCUGCUCAUUGAGAACCAUCGGGAACAGACCACUUUGUGUGUAUCCAUUCUGGAGAGAUUGCUCCAGGCUCUGGAGCCCGUUCACGUGGCUCGGAACUUCAGGGUUGACCUGCAGAGGGGACUGACUCACCCCAAUGAUUCCGUAAAAAUCCUCACUCUCUCCCAGGUUGGAAGAAUUGUUGAAAAUUCUGAUGCUGUUACUGAGGUUCUAAAUAAUCCUGAAUUACUAAAACAAGUCAUUUAUUGUAUUGGUGGAGAGAAUCUAUCUGUAGCUAAAGCGGCCAUUAAAUCCCUGUCAAGAAUAUCACUGACCCAAGCUGGACUGGAGGCUUUAUUUGAAAGCAAUCUGCUGGAUGAUUUGAAAACUGUAAUGAAAACAAAUGACAUUGUUCGAUAUAGGGUCUAUGAGCUAAUUGUGGAGAUCUCUUCAGUGUCACCAGAAUCUCUAAACUACUGUUCCACCAGUGGGUUGGUAACCCAGCUCCUCAGAGAGCUGACUGGGGAGGAUGUGCUGGUCAGAGCUACCUGUAUAGAAAUGGUGACGUCAAUGGCAUAUACUCAUCAUGGACGACAGUACCUUGCUCAAGAAGGAGUGAUUGAUCAGAUAUCGAAUAUAAUUAUUGGGGCAGAUUCAGACCCUUUCUCUAGCUUCUAUUUACCAGGAUUUGUGAAGUUUUUUGGGAACUUGGCCAUCAUGGAUAGUCCUCAACAGAUCUGCGAGCGUUUUCCAGUUUUUGUGGAAAAAGUCUUUGAAAUGACAGAAAGUCAGGACCCCACCAUGAUUGGCGUAGCAGUGGACACAAUUGGAAUCCUGGGAUCCAAUAUUGAAGGAAAACAGGUUUUGCAGAAGACAGGAACUCGAUUUGAACGCUUACUGAAGAGAAUAGGAUAUCAAGCAAAAAAUGCCUCAACAGAGCUCAAAAUUAGGUGUUUGGAUGCAGUUUCAUCUCUUCUUUAUUUACCACCUGAGCAGCAGACUGAUGACCUCCUGAGGAUGACAGAAACCUGGUUCUCUUCUUUAUAUCAGGACCCGCUGGAGCUUUUACGUGGCAUCAGUAAUCAACCCUUUCCUGAACUACACUGUGGUGCCUUAAAAGUGUUCACGGUAGGCAACCCCUUCUUUUCCCUGGGUUCUUCUGGGACUCUGUUUAACACAUAAGUACUGUCAGUGAGCCAGGCACUCUGCCGUGCCCCAGGGAUAGAAAAGAUGCUGUGGCAGAGCACAGAGUACUACGGGUUCACAGAAUUAAUUCCAGAUUCCUUAUCUACCAUCAAGUAAGUCCUUAUUGUCCUAACCAGUCUUCUUUCCUAACCAGUCUUCUUUAUGAGCCUUAUUUAUGGCAUUCCCCUCUGGCACUUAAUGCUCUAGUGAUACCAAACUGCUUGUUUCAUAUCUCUGGGCCUUCACGUGCCCUCUGCUUUAAACAUUCUUCCCUAACUUUGCUUGUUAACAUCUUAUUCAUACUUCAAGGACUGAUCAGGUAUCUCCACAAGGUUGAGUGAAGAAAUGUUGGUUCUCAUAUUUUGCAUGUAUUCAUUCAGCAAAAACUUUUUAAAUAUAUUUUUGUUUAUUUCAGAGGGGAAGGGAGAGGGAGAGAGCUAGAAACACCAAUGACGAGAGAAUCAUUGGUCGGCUGCCGCCGGCACAGUCCCUGCUAGGGUUUGAGCCUGCAACCCGGGCAUUUGCCCUGACCGGGAAUCAAACCAUGACCUCCUGAUC